UCAAACAGCAACAGGUGGAAUCAGAGAGCAUCAGCUUCAAUCACUGCAGUCAAAACAAAUCUACGGCAGACAAAACCUGCCAAGUCAUAAGCUGUUCACAUCUACCUAUACAGAUAGCACCCCUUCUGCGAUUGCGCCCUAUUGGUUUUAAAGCACAUCCCAAAAUGAUGAUGAAGAUCUAUGUCAUCCUCAUUCUGUGUGUUGGAAUAACAACCAUACCUAAAGCAGCUGCCACAACAACAUCUGCCCCAACAACGGUUGCCCCAACAACGGCUGCUCCAACAACAGUUGCACCAACAACAGUUGACCCAACAACGGUUGACCCAACAACGGUUGACCCAACAACAGUUGACCCAACAACGGUUGACCCAACAACGGUUGACCCAACAACGGUUGACCCAACAACAGUUGACCCAACAACGGUUGACCCAACAACGGUUGACCCAACAACGGCUGCUCCAACAACAGUUGACCCAACAACGGUUGACCCAACAACGGUUGACUCAACAACGGCUGCCCCAACAACGGCUGCUCCAACAACAGCUGCACCUACAACUACUAUAUCCACUACUGCUGCACCUACAACUACUGUAUCCACUACUGCUGCACCUACAACUACUGUAUCCACUACUGCUGCACCUACAACUGUAGCACUCACAACAGCUAGGGUGUCUUUCAGAUCUGUUAAAGAAACUUUUACAACCGACUUGCUGAAUCCAUCAUCAGCAGCUUUUAAAAAUCGAGCUGCAAUUAUAAAGGGACAGCUUGAACCUGUCUUCCAAAGGACAUUCUCUUCAUCCUUCAGGUCCUUGACAGUGGUGUCAUUCAGCCGUGGAUCAGUCAUCAACACCAUGGACCUUAGCUUUGUAAGCACGUUUGCCCCUAAUAACACACAGAUUGCAAGCUCUUUGAUCAACGCAGCUUCAAGCGUCAGUGGCUUUGACAUUGAAGGCAGCUCUAUCAACGUGAAUGGCAUCUCUUCGGGUGGAGUAAGCCACAAAAUCAGUCUCGUCACUGCAGCCUGCCUGGUACUGUUGUCAUGGCUAAUCUAAAGCAAGCAAUAGCAUCCGUGCUGAAUUUCCAUGAGAUCAUGACAGUCAUGACUGAUAUGUAAAAAAGGGAUUCAUGUAUGUGUGUGUAUAUGUGUAUGUGUAUGUACAGUAUGUGCUACAUACAGUAUGCCUAUAUGAAGUUGUACAGGUGUUCCUAUUAGGUCAACAAAAUGUAUACACAUAGUUUAACUUUGUUGUCUGUAAAAAUCUUUUAUUUUUGCUAUUUUAAAGGCCCUUCUAGAAACAGGCAUUAGAAAUUAGCAGUAGCUAAGAUGCUAAUAAAUGCUAAGAUGCGUCACAUUAGAUAAGUGUAUUAAAUUAAAUUACUUAAAUGGACACAAUAAUGAUAGUGGAUAUGAAUGUUUGUCGAACUGAACACGUUUCUGUGUGGGAAUGUCCAGAAUGCUGGACUGGACAGAAUGACACAGACAACUUUAAGCACCUGGUCCAUUGAAUCAUCAUUAAUAUAUUAAGCCAAAUGAACUGAGCAUGUGUGUGUGUAUUUCAGGCUUGUGUGUAGUGUGUAAUAACA